AGGAUGUAAAAGUAAUAUACACACAUAAUAAAUAACUACUAUAGGUAUGUGAUGUUUGUGUAUAUAUACUAUAUAUAUAUGUGUGUGUGUAAUAAACUUUAUCUUCAUCAACUCAUCAUACCUAUCACCCAAUCACCAAGCCUCUCAUCAACUCAUAAAAUGGCAGCAUCUCCAUCAAAACUCCAUCUCCUCCUCCUCUUCACCAUCUCCAUCUCUUCCAUCCUCUCCCCCUCCUCCUCAUCACCCACUCCCUCUCCAUGGCCUCUCCAAUUCCACGCCAUCCUCUUCAUGAACUACACCGGCGCCCUCUCCCUCAUCGAUCUCUGGUACGAUUGGCCCAAUGGCCGCAAUUUCAACAUCAUCCAAGACCAGCUCCUCACCAUCGGCUCCCCUUUCUACGACCUCGAGUGGAACAACGGCACUUCCUUCAUGUACACUCUCGAUUCCACCCGCAAAUGCCGCACAAUCCACCUCGACGUCGGCAUUCUCCGCCCUAAUUGGCUCGACGGCGCUAACUAUCUCGGCCAGCAGCAUGUUAAUGGCUUCUUGUGCAAUGUCUGGGAGAAGGUGGACUUCAUCUGGUACUAUGAGGAUGUCCUCACCAAACGCCCUGUUCACUGGGUCUUCUACACUGGAAGAGCUGCUCAUGUGAUGACUUUUGAAGUUGGAGCUGUGCUUGAGGAUGAGAAAUGGCAAGCUCCUGUCUAUUGUUUUGAUAACAGUGAUCAGGUUGUUGAUGAGACUGAAGAAGAUCUUGAAAAGAGUUUGAUGCUUGAGAAAUCACUGAGAGCUCCUCUGAAGCUUUCAUUGUGAACUGCAUUGCUGCUUACUUGCUAUCAUCCUGUAUUUCUGUAAGCUCUCUAUUUUGUAAUGGAUUUGAACUAAGUUUGCUACUCUUUCAAAUAAUAUCGAUAAUUUCAAGCCGAAA